ACGUCUCCGGCUGACGGACGGAUCCUUCACUUCGGUCUGGUGAAGAACUCGGAGGUGGAGCAGGUGAAGGGGGUCACUUACAGUCUGGAGGACUUCCUGGGUCCACAACAGGGACGCAGCACCGACUCGGCGGAGUCCUUCAGAGACCGGCUGCUGACGAGUCCUGAGAACCAGCUGUUCCACGUCGUGGUCUACUUGGCUCCAGGAGACUAUCACUGCUUCCACUCGCCGGUGGACUGGAGGGUCCAGAACCGGAGACACUUCCCAGGGUCCCUGAUGUCGGUGAACCCGGGGGUCGCUCGGUGGAUCAAAGAACUCUUCGUGUUGAACGAGCGCGUCGCUCUGACCGGCCAAUGGGAGCACGGCUUCUUCUCCCUCACGGCCGUCGGAGCCACGAACGUCGGAUCCAUCCGGGUCUACUUCGACCAGGAGCUGCAGACGAACUCUCCUCGGUACAACAAAGGCUCUUUCCACGACCGCAGUUACGUUGCCGUGGGCGACCAAGCGAUGAAGGAGGCGGUCUCCAUGGCAACGGGGGGCGUGGCCUUAGAGAAGGGCGAGGCGCUGGGAGAGUUUAACUUAGGCUCAACCAUCGUUCUGCUGUUCGAGGCUCCCAAAGACUUCAGCUUCAGCCUGCAGCCCGGCCAGCGAAUCAGAGUGGGGAGGGGCUCGGCAGCACGCAGGGGGAGGGGCCUGAUGACCACUAACUGUUUAAGUUGAAGGCAUUGUGGGUAAUUUCUUCUGUAAUAAGGACUAACACUCCCAGCAUGCCGAGUGCCAAACUCUCUCUCUCUCUCUCUCUCUCUCUCUCUCUCUGUGUUUCCUGUCGAUCGCCCAACAUUUAAAAAUGUUCCUCCGUCCAAUGAAAGUCACCCACUGUCAUCUGGACAAUCAGAGCUCUGGACCAAUCAGAGCUCUGGACCAAUCAGAGUUCACUCACAGUCAUCUGGACCAAUCAGAGCCACAGUCAUUAGGAGAAUGAAAUAAAAAGUUAAACAUGCAUGUUAACAUUGCCCCCCCCCCCCCCCCCCCCCCCAUUAACACUUGAAUGCUGUUUUUUGUUUUUUUGUGUCUACUUUUGUAAAAUAUGUAAUUAUGAAUAAA